AUGCCUCGGGGUCAGAAGAGUAAGCUCCGUGCCCGUGAGAAAUGCCGAGAGACCCAUGGUCAGCCGCAAGGUCUCACCGGUCCCCAGGCCACUGCAGAGAAGCAAGAAGAGUCUCGCUCUUCCUCAUCCUCUUCUACUGUUUGUCGGGGUGCUCGUCGUAGGUCUUCUGGUUCGUCCGUUCCUCAGGAGUCUCAGGGAGCGCCACCCACUGGCUAUCCUGAUGCAGGUAUUUCAUGCUCAAAAUCUGAUGUGGCUGCCAAGGGUCAAGAUGAGAAAAGUCCAAGCACCUCCCCUGUUGCCUCCAUUCCUGAGGAGUCUCAGGGAGCCUCACCCACUGGCUCUCCUGAUGCAGGUGUUUCAUGCUCAAAAUCUGAUAUGGCUGCCAAGGGUCAAAAUGAGAAAAGUCCAAGCACCUCCCGUGAUGCCUCUGUUCCUCAAGAGUCUCAGGGAGCUUCACCCACUGGCUCGCCUGAUGCAGAUGUUUCCGGCUCAAAAUCUGACGUGGCUGCCAAGGGUCAAGAUGAGGAAAGUUUAAGCCCAUCCGAGAGAGCUGCGUUCUUUACAACCACACACCAAGAUCCUCUAGAAAGGAAGGCGAACAAGAUGGUGCAAUUCCUGCAGGAGAAGUUUGAGAAGAAAGAGUCCAUUUUGAAGGCAGACAUGCUGAAGCGUGUCGGCAGACAGUACAAGCCGUGCUUCCCUGAGAUCCUCAACAGAACCUCCGAACAUUUGGCGGUGGCCUUUGGCGUGGAAUUGAAAGAAACGGAUUCCAGCGGCGAGUCCUACACCCUUGUCAGCAAGCUGGGCCUCUCCAGUGAAGGAAUUCUGAGUGGUGAUAAUGCGCUGCUGAAGUCGGGUCUCCUGAUGUCGCUCCUGUGUGUGAUCUUCAUGAACGGCAACCGUGCCACUGAAGAGGAGGUCUGGGAGUUCCUGGGUGUGUUGGGGAUAUAUGAUGGGAUCCUGCACUCAAUCUAUGGGGAUGCUCGGAAGAUCAUUACUGAAGAUUUGGUGCAAGAUAAGUACGUGCUUUACCGGCAGGUGCACAACAGUGAUCCUCCACGCUAUGAGUUCCUGUGGGGUCCACGAGCCAAUGCUGAAACCAACAAGAUGAGAGUCCUGUGUGUUUUGGCCGAGAGCAAUAACACCAGUCCCGGUUUAUACCCACAUAUGUAUGAAGAUGCUUUGAUAGAUGAGGUAGAGAGAGCACUGAGACUGAGAGCUUAA